AUGAAACUUACACGCGCCAUAAGCUUGACCAACUUCGUUGUGGCUGGUUCCGCUCUGGGAUUCCAAGUUUUUGUAUUAUAUCCUUGGCAUAAAGAGCUAGACGAGAGCUUCGAGAAGCUGAAGAAGGAGCAUUUGAGGGUCAUGGAUGCAGCUGGAGACAGUCUGAGUGAGCCGCAACGAAAGGCCCUCUCUGACAAGAUGAACGAACUGAAAGCUCAAAGCUCUAGAAGCUUCCACUUCGUCAACCAUGCACCCAAUCCCAGAGAAGCAAUCAGUGCUGCUAGAGAAAAGAUUUUGCCGACUAAGGACAAGCUGGCGGCUGAUGUAACAAAGGAGACUCCUACGGAUAUAUCUCUGUACGCAAGAUACGCCCUGGCUGGCGCCUUCUGUUGCGCAUUUACCCACGCCGUUCUCACUCCCGUUGAUGUCGUGAAAACAAGGAUCCAGCUCGACCCAAUUACGUACAGCAGCAGUCUAUCUAAGAGUGCACGACAUAUAGUUUCAGCAGAAGGACCAGGAGCUCUCCUGACAGGUUUAGGUCCCACUAUCGCCGGCUAUUGCCUCCAAGGCGCUUUCAAGUUCGGCGGUUACGAGUACUUCAAGGCUCGUGCGGUAGACUAUCUGGGGCAAUCGACUGCUGCUGAUAACCGAAAUGCCGUUUAUCUAGGCUCAGCUGCAGCGGCCGAGUUUCUUGGCGAUAUUGCACUUUGUCCAUUCGAAUCUGUUCGCAUACGGCUGGUAUCUCAGCCUGGCUAUGCCACCGGCUGCGUGAGCGGUCUAGCGAAACUAGCAAGAGAAGAGGGUAUCGGUGGCCUCUACUCCGGUCUGAGUCCUAUUCUCCUCAAACAGAUCCCUUAUACAAUGGCAACAUUUUUAGUCUACGAGAAGGCUAUCCAGACAGCAUAUAGCGUUGUAGACAAGAGAGAGGUCUCGUCGAUGGGGGUUACUGGUAUUAAUCUUGGUGCUGGGCUUGUUGCUGGAUUGGCUGCCGCCGUCGUCUCUCAACCCGCAGAUACGAUGUUGAGUAAAAUCAACAAGGAAAGAGCAGCCGCAGGCGAAAGUACAUCCCGUCGCUUAUUUCGCAUUGCUGGUGAGCUUGGACUGCGCGGUGCCUACACAGGCAUGCAAGCACGUGCAGUUAUGGUUAGUGGCAUGACGGCAGUACAGUUCGGCAUCUACGGAGACAUAAAGAAGAUCUUUGGGGCAACCCAUGGAGUAGAGUUGAGCGAGCAACAUGUUGCUGUAGACUCUUAUUCAGAGAAACUGCAACAAGCGGCUGUGUAG